CCCGUCUCUCCUUCUGAAUACUCAUUCUUUCUCCUCCCUCCAUCUCUCUCUCCUUCCUGCUUUCCAUGCCAACGUUCUCUAUACGGGUCCUUUGACCAACAUGUGGAUUUUCUGCAUCUUGAUGCUUUCAACUUCUUUUGCAGACUCGUUCUCAUAGUCCUUUGAUUCGUGUGAUUUCUUCAGUCAGCCAGAGCCAGUCUUUCCUAUCUUUUCCCAUCGAUAUCAACAACCCCGCCCUUAUCUAUCUCGGGCGCCUAUUGUUGAAGCCUCCUUGCUCCACACACUUUAUUGUUUUUCGUCGUCAAGUCUUUCAAUGCCAUCGUCUGCUGAGUCUAAUUCGCACUGGGAUUUCACUGCGGUGAUAAACCUUCUCCGCACGCCUACCUACGGCGGCGGCAGCUCAUAUGCACCUCAUCGCCACCGUGAUUCUCUCCCAGCUUCUCAGUCUACCGAGGUAGCAAAUCAGGAUGAGUCCACCUCAAAAAGCUCCCAGCAAACCCAACUGAGCUUGGGGACUCGCUCUCCAAGGCUUGGUGAUUUUGGGUCGCUGUGGGAUUAUUUGGGGGAUGCCAGCAACCUGUCGUCCGAUGCAGACAUUGAACCUCAAGCUCAAGGUCUGUCCUCAUCCUCGCCACCGAACCCUCGGAUCGAAAUACUGCAACGCCCUUCGUCGAAGAAGUCGGCAGUGAAUGCCGACCAAGAACCUCCUCGGACGCCACCCAAACCCAUCCCUAGCUCUGGAAUUUCAAGAGCCCGCAAAGUGCAAGCCAAGGCCAUUGCUGAAACAUGCAAGGCCAGCCACAAUGAUGCAUCAACCAAAGCUACGCACGACCUGAGCUCAAGUGAGAGCAACCAGGGUGCAGAUUCGGACGGCAGUUUGAGUGUCUUCGAUCCCCCCCUCACUACAAACAACGGAAUCCUUUCUUUGGUUCCUCCGCAAGUGGGUGCAGCGAGUACUUAUGUCGACCCAUACGAUACCCCACCAUCUUCCUACGACGAGACAGUGGAGCCUUUGGCUUCGAAAGUUGUCAAGUGCCCGUCUAAUCCCGACCCUUUACGUAUCCAGCCUAAUACCUACAAGUCAACCACGGAGCGGAGAAUUGGUCUCUUGACUAAAUUGUUGAAAAACUUCCCGGACUAUGCAAAUGUCGUUGCCCAGGCGAAUCGUCCUGUGGCCAGUAAGAAGGACAAGAAUUCAUGCCUUCCUAUUCACGUCUUCGUGGAUAUGUCUAAUAUUAUGGUUGGUUAUCACGACACAAUGAAGCUGUCCCGGCAUAUUCCUGUGAAGACGCGCAUCCGGCGGUUGCCGUUGUCCUUCCAAAACUUUUCUUUGAUUCUCGAACGCGGGCGGCCCACUGCCAAGCGAGUCUUGGUUGGGUCUGACCGGUUUGCUGCCAUCCGUGAAGGUGAACAGCUUGGCUACGAAACCAACAUCCUUGAUCGUGUGCACAAGGUCAAGCACAUGACCGCCCGUCAAUUGAAGUUUCGAAAGAAUCUUCGGACGGGUUCCCACGACCCCGGUAGUGGUUCAGAAACGAACGAGGGACCGGAGGAGCGCUGGGUUGAGCAGGGUGUAGACGAAAUUCUACAUCUGAAAAUCUUGGAGAGUCUGCUUGAUACAGACGAACCUGCCACCAUUGUUCUUGCCACGGGCGACGCGGCGGAAGCCGAAUUCUCGGGUGGGUUCAUGAAAAUGGUGGAAAGAGCACUGCGACGUGGAUGGACCGUUGAGUUGGUCAGUUUUACGCCAGUAACUAGUUAUGCUUAUCGCCGGAAGGACUUCCGCGCGAAAUGGGGAAGUCAGUUCCGGAUUAUAGCGUUGGAUGACUAUCUUGAGGAGCUCCUCGAUAUGUGA